GUGCUUCUGCUGGCCAGCGGGAUGUGGAGGGGACUGCUCUCCCCUCACCUGGGAGACAGGCUGAGCGCUUUGGGCCCGAAGAGCCCGUUCUAGAAGGCCUCCUCGCCGGUUCCUCCGCUUCCUCCCACCCUCCUCCCGCCCCAUCCCUGGCACAGGUCGUUCCAUUCUGGCCUCUCCACUUUCCAAAUCUGUGGCCAGCACCYCKCCCACUCCGGUGCAGCCYCUGGCAUCCAUCUCYCGCCWGUUCUUAUGGUCUUUUCUCUUAGGAGUCAAUAGGGRUGGGGGUAAUAUAUUUGCUGAAARAACGUGUAAAGGAGAAAGGUAUGGAGACCAGGGACUGACCAAUUUGUCUCACACAAAAGCAGAGACAUUAAGGAGGCCGGAUUUCACCCCAGGCUAGACCUCACCACCACCGCUAUCUCUUCAGUUAUUCCCCCCACCUUCCUCRUCCAGUUCUGUCCUCCAUCCCGGGCAGUAGGGUCCCUUUCUCCAUUCUCGGGGCAUCCGCCAUUCCAUCUAUCUAAGCCCAACCUCUCCCCCCAUCCAGAGUUCCAUUCAGUGGAGUCGCCUCCUUGUCCCUCCUUCUCUGAACCCCGAGACAUGCGGCCUUGCCUCGGCUCCGCCUGUCUCUAAGACCUUCGCCACUCCCUGCCUCCAAGGAACCCCGGGGUUCCGCCCGCCCAGCUUCACCCCCGCCACUCUUUCCCGGCGUCUCCGCCCCCUGCCCCGCCCCCGGGCCGGCUCUCGGAGGAGAGGGGAGCCGCUGUCGCCGCCGCCGCCUCAGCUUCCCACAGCCGCUACCGCUGCCGCCGCUGCCGCCGCUCCGCUUGGCCCAGCCGCCAGGCCCAGUGCUCACUUCGCCAGACCAGGGCGCUCUGCGGAGACACCCUCAAUCCUUCCUGGGGUCCGGGACGCCUAGCCGGGCGUGGGGGGAAGCUCCGCUUGCGGGGUACAGGGAGGGAGGAGCCUGGAACCGGAGCCAGCGCCAGCCGACCCCGGAUCGACAAGACAGGACAGGUUGAGGGGCGUCGGGGAAGGAAGAGGGGGUGCUAUAGGCAGUCCCGGGGAGGACAAGGAAGCCCUGUCGCAGAAAGCUCUGAUGCGCUCUGACUUACAGCGGGUCUGUUCACAUUUGGGGACCCGUGACAACGUGGGUGCACUCCUCUCUCGGGGGGCUGGUUGGAUUGGAGGGCGUGGGAUCUAAACAGCACCAGCUGUCCGCGAGGAAAUUAGGGGCUGCCAGAAGAAAACAAAAAAGCCAAAAACCUAUGCUCCUUAUUCCGAGGUGACAGAGGGCCCUCCAGACAACCACCUGGUGUAACCACUAGGAAGGGCGGAUUUGGAGGUGACUUCAAAAGGAGUGGAUGGUAACAAGCGCGCUCCGGGAGCCUGCCGGUUUUGGGGUGUCUCCUCCCGGGGCGCCAUGGCGGCACUGGCCAGCAGCCUGAUCCGGCAGAAGCGGGAGGUCCACGAGCCCGGGGGCAGCCGGCCCGUGUCGGCGCAGCGGCGCGUGUGUCCCCGCGGCACCAAGUCCCUUUGCCAGAAGCAGCUCCUCAUCCUGCUGUCCAAGGUGCGACUGUGCGGGGGGCGGCCCGCGCGGCCGGACCGCUGCCCGGCUACCUCGCCAGUCCGCCCCUCUGUGCGCCCUCCUCCCGUGACCUGCACUUCAAGAAGGGAGCUGGGCACUCCCCCAUGACCGCCUACGCGACUCAGAAAUCGGGUCCCACGGGCUCAGGGGACCCUCUGCCGCGAGGAACUCAGACACACUAAACGGCUGGAUACCCGCACGGAGACUGGGGGUCGUACCAUCUACGAGGGGGUACCGGGAACUCGGCCACAAGCGCCGGGGGAGGAGAGUUGUGAGGGUUAGCGUGUGGUCCCCGUACAGGUGCGACAGGCGGGAA